AUGGCGAACCGGUACUCUGUGUACUCGGCGACGUCUUCUGCUGUCCCUGUUCCUCGUCCAGCUGGACAACGGGCUACGCAGGUGUCUACAACCACGUUGCUCAAUGCUCUUCAUACCAUUUACACAUCCGGGCAACCAUAUCAACUCGACUCGGGCACGAGCGUAACAGUGAACACAUGGCUUACUGCUGCAAGUCCUGGACCUAAUGGCGAAGUGGGAGGAACUGUCGAUGCAGACCUCGCAAGACGAGCGUGGGAGCAUGCACGAAGAAGAGCGGAAGAUGGUUCAUCUCACCAAUCUACACCAUCUCUACUUGCUCCAUUCCUGGGAUCUCUACCGUUGUCCACUCCUUCGAUAACAUACACAGCACUCUCUGUCAUUAAACCAUUCGUUUCUCAGGUUACACCUGAUAACCCGUCCCAUUUUCGAUUUUCUGCACUCGCUGUGUCUUAUACUCUCACUCUCACGGGCAAUGUAACUGCGGCAUCGUUGGCUCUAUCCACGGCUGGCCUUGAUGUCACUCGUGGUCUCCUUAAUAUCCCUGCUGAGGCUGGCUAUCGUGCUUUCGAUGUCUUCUACUACCUUCUUACGUCCGCUUCAACACCAGCUGAGAGAGAGUUUCUCAGUCUCAAGGACACAUCGGCAUACGCCCUCUUGAGUAAAUCUAACACUUUUAAUCCACCAGCAUAUCUACCAACGGCUGACGAUGCGGCUUCUGCUGAGGAUUUCAGAGCUUCCCUCAAGGCUAUUGGCAUCAAGGGCGUUGCACAUAGAAGUCUGAUCUCCGUUCUGGCCGCUCUACUAAAACUUGGGAAUUCUCUAGGGCUUCUUGUCGACCAGGAGGAACUUGAGGAAAUUUGUGAAGAUGUCGGAGGACUUCUGAACGUUGAUCCAGAAGUACUUUUACACAAAUGCUCUACCGAUGACCGUGCCGUUUUGAUCGCUGGGAUCUACGAAGCAUUGGUUGAUUGGGUUAUAUCCAAGGCUAAUGAAGCCAUCUCUACGGAGCUUCAAAAUACUGAAGACAGCGGAUCCAGCGAUGGUGGACGUGGUGGACAGUUCGAGGGUGAGACGAGUGACACCGUCAGCAUCACAGUCGUCGAGGUUCCGGAUCCUGUUUUGGGAAAAGCCGUCGCUCUCAGGGGUGUUUUUGACGAUUCCCUUGGCAUUAAUGCUGAAAUGAAGGAGGAUGGAAUCGAAGUUGUUGCACCGGGACAUUCGGUGAUUAAGGAAAUGAAUAGCGCAGUAGCUGAAGUUGAGGCCGACAUGGGCGUUGCUGGAAGUGCCGCUAGCCGGGAACGAGAACACGAACAAGAUAAGAAAGAAGGCGUUUUAGAGAAAGUUGCUUUGGAACUCGAAUCGGGUGCUUUCCUUCGACAGAUUUUAUAUGCGGUUGAAAACGAAGGCAUUAGUCUCGGCAAAAGAGGCCGUUUCGACCUCAAUGAAACCCUAAAAAGUAGCAGAGUGUGGUAUCAUCUUACAAUCCACCCCACUGAUGACUCUCCUGCGACCGUCGCCUCCUUACCAUCUGUUACCUCGGCGUGGUCUGCUGGAACUGUUUCCCGUCAACUCCGCUCCUGGAGGCUACCCGAAUGGGCUAACCGCCGAAACAAACACCUUGAUUUCACCGCAGACUUUGACCUGGAAGAGUUCGUCACGCGGUAUUCCCGGCUUGGGUGUCAAGAAGGGAAAGAUGGUGUGGAAAGCUGGAUCCUUGAAAGAGGGUGGAGCAAUGGUGAUGUUGUCGUCGGCAAUGAGAGAGUCUGGAUGAGAGAGAGUGCCUGGUGGGAGGCUGAAACAAUGCUAGAUUUGAAGCCACAGGAAAUACUGACGGACCCUUUUAACCCUGUGAUGACUCCUUUUGAAAGCGGAUAUUCUGCCGCCCCUCCACCACCUAGCGGCUUCUUUCAACCAGAGUUAAUUGCUAAAGACAGUCGUGAAAACCUCAUGAAUGGACAAAGCGUUGCAGCGAUGUCUCGAGGUGCUUUUGGGGGAGGGGAAACUCGUUCUAUUGCACCUACACUUGGCCCCCCUAGCCAAAACUCACCUGGCGACUAUGGGCUGGGUGUUAAGGGAGACGACAGAAAACACGACACCCAAUAUUACGAUCAAGAACUUGGUAGAUUCAUGGGGAAUAUGGAUCCUGAAUUUGGUGAGCAUAAAAAUAUCGAGAAAAAGAAAAUCCCAAUCGGCCGGCGUGUUUGGUCAGGCUUUGCUUGGGCCAUGACUUUUUGGAUUCCUUCAUUUGUCCUUCGUUACCUGGGUCGGAUGAAACGGCCAGAUGUCCGAAUGGCCUGGAGAGAAAAAGUAACUCUGAUGACCUUAAUUCUUCUUCUAAAUGGUCUAGUUGUUUUUUGGAUUGUCGGCUUUGGAAAUUUGCUCUGUCCCAAUAAGGAUAGAGUCUGGACUGAAAAGGAAGUCGGUUUCCACCAAGGGGAUAAUGACUACUAUGUCAGUAUCCACGGCAGUGUUUAUGACAUCAGCAAAUUUUGGAAAACACCUCAUACCUUUUCAAGGGACACAUCCAGAACUGCAAUGGAUCCAUUCCGUGGUCAGAAUCUUGAUGCGUACUUCCCCGUUCCACUUAAUGUGGCAUGCCGUGGUUUAGGUGCAUCGGAAAAUAUUCAAAUUCAACACAAUAAAACGGACGCAAUUCUAUAUCCCAAUGCUCUCCAUACCUCUGGCACCUUCCAAACCGACACCACCCUCAAGCUGCGCGAUGCCAACUGGUAUGGCGGAGUGUUUUUACCGAGGAUCAGGGAGUAUUACAAAGGUGAUGUAGUCUGGGAUCCGGCUGUAAUCCGCCAACAAGCAGACCAGGAUCAACGAAUGUGGGUUAUAAUCGAAAACGAAGUGUUUGACCUCACCGACUAUUUCUACACCUUGAACCGGAUGAACAAUAUUGACCUAUACAAGUUUUUGCCGGCGAAAGUUACCGAACUAUUCAAUAGAAAUCCUGGCGAAGACAUCACUGACAAAUGGGAAGGCACCGUCGAGUUCCAGAACAGCUACUGGUGUUUGAGAAACCAGUUCUACGUCGGUAGAACUGAUUUCCGCAAAACACCCAAAUGCCUAGUUAACAAUUAUAUCCUCCUUGCGUUCACCUGUCUGCUGGCUGGUGUUAUCCUCAUCAAGUUCUUUGCUGCCCUCCAGCUUGGUACGAAACGACGACCUGCCAUGCAAGAUAAGUUCGUUAUAUGCCAGGUCCCGGCAUACACCGAAGGAGAAGAUCAACUUCGGAAAGCCCUUGACUCUCUUACGGCUCUCCAGUAUGACAACAAACGAAAGCUGAUUUGCGUGAUCUGUGAUGGCAUGAUUGUUGGAGGAGGUAACGAUCGACCAACCCCCAAAAUCGUCUUGGAUAUCCUGGGUGUCGAUCCAAAGAUCGAUCCUCCCGCCCUUCCAUUCAAAUCUGUUGGCGCUGGAAGCGACCAACUUAAUUAUGGCAAGGUUUACUCCGGCCUCUACGAAUACGAAGGCAAUGUUGUGCCGUACAUCGUUAUCGUCAAGGUCGGUAAGGAGUCAGAGCAAACCAAGUCCAAGCCAGGCAAUCGUGGAAAACGAGAUUCUCAAAUUCUACUUCUCAGCUUCCUGAAUCGGGUCCACCAUCGUUCAGGAAUGUCGCCACUCGAGUUGGAAAUGUUCCAUCAAAUCAAUAACAUUAUCGGAGUUGAUCCCGAGCUUUACGAGUAUCUUCUCAUGGUAGACGCUGACACUAGUGUGAAAGAGGAUUCCUUGAACCGACUUGUGGCGAGUUGUGCGAAUGAUGCUAAGAUCGCUGGUAUCUGUGGUGAAACUAGCUUAGAGAAUGAAGAGCGCAGUUGGUGGACUAUGAUUCAAGUCUACGAGUACUAUAUUUCCCACCACCUGUCUAAAGCUUUCGAAUCUCUUUUUGGCAGUGUUACCUGUCUACCCGGAUGUUUCUGCAUGUAUCGCCUCCGCACUGCUGAUAAAGGUCGUCCAUUGAUCAUUUCGGACAAGGUUCUCAGUGAAUAUUCUGACAUUGAAAUCGACACUUUGCAUAAAAAGAAUCUCCUGUCCCUCGGAGAGGAUCGAUAUCUCACAACACUCAUGACCAAGCAUUUCCCACACAUGAGCUACAAAUUCAUUCCAGAUGCAUAUGCCAACACUGCAGCUCCAGAAACAUGGUCCGUUUUGCUAUCCCAGAGGCGUCGCUGGAUCAACUCGACAAUCCACAACCUGGCGGAAUUGAUGUUCCUGCCUGACCUAUGCGGUUUCUGCUGCUUCAGUAUGAGGUUUAUUGUGUUUAUUGAUCUUUUCGGAACGAUUAUCCUUCCCGCAACCUGCGCCUACCUGGUCUAUAUCAUCUACCUUGCUGCUACCAACAAGGGACAAUUUCCGAUUAUUUCAAUCGCGAUCAUUGCUGGUGUGUACGGUUUGCAGGCAGUUAUCUUUAUCGUCAAACGCCAGUGGCAACAUAUUGGAUGGAUGAUAAUAUACAUCAUGGCGUUCCCUAUUUACAGUUUCAUACUUCCGCUCUACUCCUUCUGGAAUCAAGACAAUUUCACUUGGGGAAAUACCCGUAUUGUCCUUGGUGAGAAGGGAGAUAAACGUGUGAUUGCAGUGGAGGAUGAAGCUUUCGACCCAAGAAGCAUUCCUCUACAACGCUGGGAUGACUACGCUUUGGCCAACAACCUUCCAGGCCGUCGGGGCGGUCCUCCAUCUGGACACGAAAAGAUUUACCCGCCGGUUUAUGGUGAUGAGACUGCUAUGGAGAUGGACGAUAUGCACUCAACCUAUUCUUCAGUGAGGCCCGCAUCGACCAUUCUUACCGGCUUCCCUACUCAAGGACCACACGGACCAUUCAUGACCCCACAUUCCGCGAGUCCCUUCGGAAACGCUCCCGGCAAUAGAAACUCCCACUUUUCAUCCUUUACGCGGUACACUGACCAGCCACUUGGUAACCGCAGUCAAGCUCAUUUGUCCAUGGGCAAUCUGAGCGCUUACCACGAUAAUAAUGCAAGCGCAAACCGACUAAGUAGCUUUGGAGCUAUGGGAACGGAGAGCCAUCUCGGGUUUCCACAGCGGCAAAGCAUGCGCAGCCCAUUAGGAAUGGGAGCUAGGCCGGUAAGCACUGUGGUGGAUUUCAGAUCUGCACCUGGUUCGGGGCCGGAUGAGGCCACUAUUACGGAGGCUGUCCAGAAUUGCCUGGCUGAGGUGGAUUUGGAUACUGUUACUAAGAAGCAAGUUCGUGCACUCGUUGAGCAGCGAUUGCAGACGACGUUGACCAGUGAAAAGAAGGCAUUCUUGGAUCGCCAGAUUGAUACUGAACUUGCAAAUAUGUAA